AUGAAUUUGUACGCGACAGGUUUUAAUGCCUGGAACCAGCUGGAAUUUCACUCUUCGAACGAUAAACAGCAGCAGCCCGGUGAUUUGCACAACCUAAUCCAUGUGCUGAGUGACGACAAAAUAACAAAAGUCGAGCCAUAUCUAACUUAUACAAAUGUCGAGACUGGCAGCGGAGUAAAGACUGCCGGCACUGUGCCUGAAGAACAUGUAGCUCUCAGGGACCAGUUUGGGAGAUUUGCCCUAGCGGCAAACGAUUCUGUGAUAGGUAAAUUCUGCAAGCAACAUGAUGAAAAUCAUGUCAUCUUACCUAGCGAGACAUCAGUGCCUAUUGAUAAAAAUCACCUGAGCCAAUAUAAAUCGAUAUACUCGGCACUCUCAGGGACAUCUCCGGUCAGGACGCACGAGUUUACCCGAUGCAUCGAUCAGUUCGUAGCAUACGAUGUAGGCUUCGCAGUGUUGACUGCUGCCGGUGAGGUCUGGACUUGGGGCGACGAUAGAUAUCCUGGAUGCCUAGGUCGCGUAGUGUCUGCCGAAAGUCCCGCAUCGCUCCCAGGGCGCGUGACAGACUUGGACGACCUCCCCACCGGCAAGAUCAUCAAGAUAGCCGCAGGCGGCUAUACACUGGCAGCAAUAACCAGCGGUUUCGACCUAUAUUGCUGGGGUGGUCAUCCAGGUCGAAAGCAAAUGAUAGAAGGCGUUUCACCUUCCGUGGGCCCGGUACCGGUCGUUGUGGAGGACGAAAGUGAUGUCGUGGAUGUCGCGGUGGGAGAUUCGCACGCAAUCGUGCUGACUGAUAAGGGGGAUGUCUUUGUCACGGGGGAAAACACCAACGGUCAGCUUGGCGUACGAGACUCUCAUACCCAAUCGAAUGGUGUAUGGAUCAAGGUCUGCCUACAUCUGGAAAGCGAAUGUCCAACAAGAGUUGCCGCUGGUCCCAAAACGUCUUUCGUCACGACAAAAUCGAAUUGAAGAAGACAUG